AGAGUAUCUAUGGUCGUGCAUAAUAUACUAAAGAAAAUAAAUGUUAAAUUGAUGAUGUAAAUAGAAUGAUAUAUUAAGCAUUUUUCAUAGAAUCUAAGGAGUACUAAAUAAUUCUUGCAUAAAUACUUUCUGCAAAUACGGCGGUCUUUCCCUAGGGUUUCUAGGGCGGUUUUUCCGGUCAUAGUUGCCGGUGUUUCUUGUUGGAGAAGAAGAGGUAUUAUGUAGAAGACUCAAUAGUUGCUAAGGAGUAAGUGGUAGCAGCGUUUGAUUCCAUCAUCAUCGUUGCUAGUUGGGGUGUUGACAAGAGGUGGUGCUUGGCUUGAGGUUACGUUUCUUUUGUUUGGGCUUUGUGGCGACAAAGGAGAAUUCGCAGGGAAUCGCAGGGCACCGAGACAGAGGAUAUGGAGAGUUGCUUGGGCUUGGGCGCUGGUCCGUUGCGUGUGGUGCUGCAGAGAUGGAGGUGAUGUUCAACAAUGGCGACAACAUGAUUCUCAGGGGUGAUGAGGACAAUCUGAUUCUGGACAAUGAGGUCGCAAACGAGGAAGAGGUUACGAAAAGGAGUCUACGGGCAAAAGAAGACGAAGAGAUGUUAAUCCACCCCCUCCCGAAUCGCCGGAGGAAUUGUGAGACUAGGGUUUGGACGACUAUUCCUAUUUCUGUUUUACUUUGUUUGUGUUUUUACUUCGAACUACAUGUUGUUUUGUUUGUUAUGUUUGCUUUGUUCUGCCAGUCUCUUAUAGACCAUUACAGGAUCAACGAAUCAUAUUGCUCUAUUCAGGAUGAUUGAUUCUCAG